AUGGCUCCCAGCAGUAGCAGCAGUAGCUCAAGACCCAGCAGCAGCAGCAGCAGUAUGCGAAGUAACAGUACGCAAAGUAGCAGCAACAGCAGCAGCAGCAGUAGCAGCAGCACGUAUGAGCCAACGAUCUAUACGCUAUUGCUCACAGUCAUGUGUCUCCUCCUCGCGCUCUUCCUCUUGACGCGGCUAUUUGUCGCGCUUCGGAACAAGAACAAGGUACUCGCGUGGUCCACUGGCUUCUACCUCCUCUGUCUCCUCUGGACGGGCGUACGCGCUGCUUACUGGAUCAUCAUGUCGACGCAGUCCAGUAUGCGCUACUUGACGCUCUAUCUGCUCUACUGGUCGCCCACGCCCAUCCAGUUUGCCAACUUCUCGCUGCUCAUCCUGUUCUACAUCCAAGUGCUCACAGGACCAGAGUGGCGCUCCAAGUGGCGCAGCGUCUGUUUGCCGCUCUACCUAUUGCUGACCAUGACCAUGGCGACGUUCACGGUCGUCUGGGCGUUUAACUCGUCGUAUGACAUCUCGAAAGCUGCAAGAAGAGGCGACGAGUACGACCAAGAGUUCUCGAAAGUGUCGGACGUUUGUGUACAGCUCAAGUACUCGGCUUUCUCCUUUUUCCUUCUGAGUAUCCUCUUUGGUUUCUUUGGGUGGAAAAUGGCCAAUGUGGAAAGCUGGAAACGAAGACGACUGCUUCUGUCAAGGCCACGGAGCUUGGCGGUAAUCAACUCGUUGUUGUGUCUCAUUUUCUUCACGAGAGGGAUUCGGGACCUAGCGACGUCUCAGAGCUGGUUCCUGAGUAUCUGGAACAACCUGGAUAUGAACGGCCGCGUGACGACUGUUGCGUACUUCGUAUACUUUUGCUUUUGGGAGUUUUUACCGACCAUUCUGUUGCUCUGUUUGAUCUCGUCAAAAGCCGGCGGUGUAGGAGCUCCAAAGCACGGACCUGCAUCCCAAAAGCUGCCUGACUACGGUAUUUUUCACAUCAUUAACACCGGUGAGCGCAAGCAGCUAACCGCGAGUCCGCUUACCACGAGUGCCUACGGCUCUUACGGAACUCGUGCAGAAGAACGACAGCACGAGCGUGAACGUCCUCGAUGGACACACGGUGGUGACCUGUUCCAAGAUCCUUUGCGGUAUGAUUCCGAUGAUGGUCCAGCGCCAUCACCGCAUUAUUUUCCUGACAGCUACAAUAGUGACGCCAGCACGAGCAAUUACAACUACGGACGCGUGCCGCGUUAUUCAACUGGAAUUUAA